UUCCUUUUCCCAGCCGCACGGAGAGUGUUACGGCAGCAGCCGGGCUGGGGCGCUGAGCCGAGCUCCCGCAGGUCCUGUUAAGUGCCAGAUGGGAGGGGGUUGUCACACGCAAUCCCGGGGGCUAGACGUUGCUAUGCAGAAAGGUCGCGGGGCGCCUGAGUGGGAAAUAACUAAUGUUGUGAACUCUGUGCACUGUGCUACUGUUCUUACUUGUUAAACAGUCUCUUUAGCUAUACACAGAGAGGCAGUCCUGGGGGGAAAUUAGUAAAAAGGCCCUGCGAUUAUUUUAAAGGAUUUUCUCUAUAAACUAGACGAACAGUUUGAAGCGCCAGCAGGCAGGGGAUACCCAAAUUAUUUAGCAAACCCUGUGCCCAGAACUAUGAUGUUCAUUGAUGGCUUUCUCUUUCCAUGCUGAUGAGGACAAAAGUCAAUCUCUGAUCAAAAUGAAUGUCAUUAAAAGGUUUUCUGCUUCAUAUCUGAGGAAAAGCAAGAUGCAGCAGAGGUGCCAAAGUAACAGACGACCAAUUGCUCCGCUUGGGUCACGGAUUUUAACUGAUCCUACUAAAGUUUUUGAACAUAACAUGUGGGACCACAUGCAGUGGUCACAAGAGGAAGAAGAAAGAGCCAGAGAAAAAGCAACAGAGAACUGUCUUGUGCGGGUUCAACCAGAAGAUCAAGACAAAUAUGAAAGAGAAGCUAGUAAAUACUGGAAUGAAUUUUACAAGACUCAUAAGAAUAACUUUUUCAAGGAUCGUAAUUGGCUAUUUCUGGAGUUUCCAGAAAUUCUUCCAAAAGGAAGGAAAGAUCAGAUGAAUAAAGAGGAAAAAUCUUCUUAUCCUGUAAAACUGAAUGCUACAAACGGUUGCACAAAUGUGGGCUUUCCUGGAAUGUUUGAAGAAGGCAAAGAUUAUUGCCAGAACCAUUUGGUGGAUGGCUUAACUUCUGUGCAAGGACACUCAUACAACAAAAACCAAGCAGAACCUGUUACUGAGAACAAACAUGUUAAGAACUGUGAACAAGAAACUGUGAAGCAAGAAUCCUUCCCUGGCAGUGGUGCUACUUACAGAAUACUAGAGGUUGGUUGUGGUGCUGGAAAUAGUGCUUUUCCUAUUUUGAAAGUUAUAUGCAAUACUCCUGGAGCCUUUCUGUACUGCUGUGAUUUUGCGUCAGGAGCAGUGGAGCUAGUAAAGUCACACUUGUCCUACAAUGCAGCCUGGUGUUCUGCCUUUGUUCAUGAUGUGUGUGAUGAUUCCUUACCCUACCCUUUUCCAGAUGAGAUCCAGGAUGUCAUUCUCCUUGUCUUUGUGCUCUCUGCCAUUCAUCCUGACAGGAUGCAAGGAGUUGUAAGUAGACUGGCCAAAUUAUUGAAACCUGGAGGGAUGUUGUUAUUUCGAGACUACGGAAGAUACGAUACAUCUCAGCUUCGUUUUAAAAAAGGCCACUGUUUGUCAGAGAAUUUUUAUGUACGAGGAGACGGUACCAGAGUUUAUUUCUUUACAGAAGAUGAGGUCCACAACAUGUUUACCCUGGCUGGGUUAGUUGAAGUGCAGAAUCUCGUUGAUCGACGAUUACAAGUCAACCGGAAGAAAAAAGUGAAAAUGCAGCGAGUUUGGAUACAGGGCAAGUUCCAAAAACCACUUCAGCCACCUCAGAAUAGCUGCCAAUAUGCACCCUCAUAGCUAAAUAUAUAGUAUUCCACAGAGACCAAAACAAGUGAGUGCAUGUAUAUUUCCUGUGGAUCCUAUGUUAACUGCUGAAAAGGCAGAAAAAAUGUUGAACUGAAAGCAUUUUCUUUAAAAAGUGUACUUUUUUGUUAAGAAGUGCUGUGGAAAAAUGUCUCUUGUCUCUGCUUGUGUACAUAAUAAAAUGGCCGUGCACUAACCUA